GCCCAUUACACACACCGUCCUCAUUUCAAAGAAGGGUAAAAAAUUCUCUCUCUAUCUGAACAAAAUUACAGUUCAUCUCUCUCUCUCUCUCUCUCUCUCACACACACACACACACACACACACACACACUAGAUUAUUGAGCCCCAUUCGCCCUUUCAACAUAUACACACAUACGUAUAUAUUGUAUGAUUUAUCUUCCCCUUUUCAAUUCGAAAUACAACUGGAUAAUAUUUUAGUUUAGGGGUUCAAUUAGAUGGCGGCGGAGAGUUCAACGGCGGCUCCGACCAGUAGAUCUGGCGGAGGAGGAGCAUCGGCGGAUUCCUACAUCGGCAGCUUGAUUAGUUUGACUUCGAAGAGUGAGAUCAGGUAUGAAGGCAUACUCUACAACAUCAAUACAGAAGAGUCUAGCAUCGGCUUACGCAACGUGAGAUCAUUCGGUACAGAAGGGCGGAAAAAGGAUGGUCCACAAGUUCCUCCGAGUGACAAAGUUUAUGAAUACAUAUUGUUUAGAGGAAGUGACAUCAAGGAUUUACAGGUCAAAGCCUCCCCACCAGUGCAAACCACUCCACCACCACCGCCACCACCCAUUAACAGUGACCCUGCAAUUAUUCAGUCUCAUUACCCUCGCCCGACAAACACAUCGACAAGCUUGCCUACAGCUCCUAGCGGGUCUUUACCAGACCAUGGUUCACAUUCUGCACAAAUGGGCCUCCCUGGUUCACCUUUCCAAAGUAACUUGCAUUUAUAUCAACCUGGAGGAAACUUAAAUUCAUGGGGCCCUUCUCCACAAAAUGCAAAUGGCAGUGGCCUACCCAUGCCAAUGUAUUGGCCGGGUUUCUACAAUACACCCAACGGGAUGUCUCAAUUGCCUCAGCAACCCAUGCUUCGACCACCUACUGGCUUGUCAAUUCCUCCUUCAUUGCAACAGAUGCAAUUCUCUGGCUUCACUACAUCUUUGCCAACAGCAACAUCUGCCUUACCCACGUCUAGUUUGCCAGAUUACCAUUCUUCCUUGGUUCCUAACAGCACAAGUUCUGCUAGCUUAAACCCUACCCCUUUAACCGCUUCGACUUUCUCUUUGAACAUGCCUCCUAUGCAGCCCUUGUCACUAGUUUCUGAACCAAUGAUCAAUCAACAGCCGAAUAAAGCUCCUAUUUCCGCUAUGCCCAUGUCGGCUCGAAGCUCUGCCUUGCCGUCUAUGCCUGAUAAUGCAGCCGUAAAUUCAGUUGUUAGCAAACCUAGUACAGUGCCUGGUCUAGCAGCCUUGCCCCAGCAGACCAUGACCCACCCUGGAGCAUCUGCUUCUGUGGUAUCAAGUUCAGUUUCAGAGACGCUUACACCUUCGCUUAUAACUCCAGGUCAGUUUCUGCAGUCUGGACCAGCUCCUGUUACUACACCCCAAGCUUCGCAAACAAUGCAGAAGGAUGUUGAAGUAGUACAAGUUUCAUCAAAACCCUCAUCGGAACAUUCUGUCCCUGUAGUAACAGAAGCUCAACCACCAAUAUUACCUUUGCCAACCAACACUCGAGCUCAAAAGCCAAAUGGAAGUGCGUACCACAUGCGCAACAAUUACAGAGGGCGUGGUGGAAGAGGGCCUGGGAUGUCACGCCCCAUGACAAAAUUCACCGAAGAUUUCGAUUUUACGGCAAUGAAUGAGAAAUUCAAGAAAGACGAAGUAUGGGGUCAUCUGGGAAAAAGUAACAAAUCUCAAUCAAAAGAAGGAAACGCUAGUGGCAGUGAUGAAGAUGAUUAUCAGGACGAAGAUGAAGCUGACUUGCAAAAGCCGGUUUACAACAAGGAUGACUUUUUCGAUUCCCUUUCCUCACAUGCACUGGACAAUGACCCGAAUCACGGAAGGACUAGGUAUUCCGAACAAAUGAAGUUAGAUACAGAGACAUUUGGAGAUUUUUCGAGGUAUAGAGGGGGUCGAGGGGGCCGUGGCCCCGGGCGUGGUGGGCCGCGUUUUCAUGGCUCUUACCAUGGAAGAGGGGGUUAUGGCGGUGGUGGUGGAUAUGGGGGUGGAUACGGCUAUGGGGGCAGGGGGCGUGGUCGAGUUGGGCAGAAUCAGAAUCGUGCACCGUAGAAAAAUCUCGAGCAUGUGUCGUUCAAUUUAAGACUUUUUUUUUUUGAAGUAUGGAAAAGAAGAAACUAUGGCAAUCCUGUCCUCCCUUGGACAGAGGUAUUGGUUCGGUACCGGUUGUUUGUAAUGUCUGUGCAUUUUGUGUUGGUUGUUUAACUAAUAAGAAUGAGGACACAUCGGAUUUAGGAUCUUUCGAUUUUCUCGCAGGUUGUUUGUUGUCCGCUUCAAUUUACUACUAGUUGUAAAAAUUCCCUAAUUCAGUUGCACCUAAAUGAUUGUAGCUAUUGUUUUUUUUUUUUUUUUUGUACUUUUAUUGAGACUUCUUGAUAAUCGAAAACUAAUGCUAGAGCUUUUAAUCUU